GAUUGGCAGAGAGGGAUGGAGGAGGACAGUGAAUGGAGGCCAGUGGAGGGAUUGGCAGAGAGGGGUGGAAUACACUGAAUGGAGACCAGUGGAGGGAUUGACAUUGAGGGAUGGAGGACACUGAAUGGAGGCCAGUGGAGGGAUUGGCAGAGAGGGGUGGCAGAUAUGGAACGGUUAGUUAGGUGGAUGAGUCUGGCAGCAGCAUUCAUGAUAGACUGAAGAGGGGAUAGACUGCAAUGAGGUCGGCCAAUGGGGAGGGAGUUACAAUAGUCAAGGCGAGAGAAGAUUGGAUUUGGGGCUGAAAGGACGGAUGGGAGUCUAG